GCCUUUGCACCUCGCUAUUAUCCACGAGCAGACGGCUGUGAUCAAGCAGCUGAUCGAGGUCAUUGCUAGCAUCCCCAGCCAGCAGAUCAUCAACAUCUCCAACAACCUGAAGCAGACGCCGCUGCAUCUGGCAGUCAUCACCAAGCAGCCUCAAGUGGUCCAGCUCCUGCUGCAAGCCCGCGCCGACCCCACCUUGCUGGACCGCUAUGGCAAUUCCCUGCUGCACCUGGCACUCCAGGCUGGCGAUGAAGAGAUGCUAAGGACACUGCUGGCCCACCUGGGCUCAGCUGCCCCUUACCUGCUCCGCCUGCCCAAUUUCCAUGGCCUCCUGCCUGUGCACUUGGCUGUGAAGGCAAAGAGUUUGGCCUGUCUGGACUUGCUGGUCAGGAAGGGAGCAGACGUGAAUGCGGUGGAGAGGCAGGGCGGGAGGACCCCGCUGCAUCUGGCUGUUGAGAUGGAGAACCUGAAUAUGGCCACCCACCUGGUGAAGAAGCUGGGAGCAGAUGUCAACAGACGGACUUUUGCCCACAAUACCCCCCUGCACUUGGCUGCCGGCCUGGGCUCCCCCACCCUCACCAAACUGCUCCUCAAAGCUG